CCCAGCUCUUUUUGCACAUUGAAAAGGACCGUGGGGGGAUCUGUCCAGCUGCAACUGACUUCAAAGUCUUCCUUGAGCCCUAAUAUUCGAGAGAUUGAGUGGAUUUGGGAUUCCGAGUAUAAGAAAAAACAGUUUCUGGUGUCCUUGAAGCCUAAUAACUCUGAUCCUCAAUGGUAUGAACUUGAAGACAAAUACAAGCAUAGAUUCUACCUGACAGAGAUGUCUUUCUUGAACAUCAGGGAUCUCACUAUGGAAAUGAGUGGACUAUAUGUAGCGACAAUCAAAUUCUUCUCAGGGGAAUCCCAGCAAGAAUAUUUUAGACUCUGUGUAUAUGAGCCCAUCCCUCACCCCAAAAUUGUGAUUCAUUCAUCAUCCAACACAUUAGGCUGGUGCAAUGUCAGUCUGGAGUGUGGGACCCCAGGGGCCACAGAGAACCUGACAAUGACCUGGCUGAGCAAGGGCCUCCCCAGGGAGCUGGAACAGAGCGGGACACUGGUGCCAGCCCCCAACUCCAGGAAUCUAAGCCUGAGCCUUUCCCUGAGCCAGUUGAAUGGGCACCUCACCUGUGUGAUCAGCAACCCUGUGGACCAGAAGAAUGCAACCCUAGACCUGGAGACCCUCUGUCCUUUGAGGGGUUCUCCUCAGAGCAAAUGGCUUUGGGUAGGCAUCCUUGUCCCGGUUCUGAUGGCGAGCCUGGUGGCCGGAGUGUGGAUUUGGAAGAGGAAGAACAUGAAGGCUGAGAGAGGUGGGUCCACUCUCCUGCCAGUGGUGCCAAGCUCAGAAGCUGCUCCCCAUGUCCUUUCCACGGAGAACUUUGCUGACUUGCGGACUGGAGGGGUCAACAGCCAUGACCCUCCCUACGCAGAGAUCAGCCUCCCAAGACACCCUAAGAAUAACAUGGAGAAGAGAAGCUUCCAUGCACAAAGCCCCAAGCUGACUCCGGCAAUCCACAGUGUCUAUGAGAAGAUCCGGCUGAGCCCAGAGGCCAAGGGGGAUACCUAGACCAUGAAGACACUGGGACAGUGAGGGGCCUUGGUAAGAUCUGCUCCACCCCACCUUUCACCCCUGGGUUCCACUUUCUUUCUUUAAGGUGGAGCUGCAACUAGACCCCAAGUCUUCCUGACCCCUCCCACUGAGACAGCAGGCAGCAUGAGCUACUCCCCUGGGUUCCCCCACAGGUGUGAACAUUGACUGUUCUAUUCAACAUCAAAGCAUGAAAGGCAAACCCUUUAGCCGGCCUCUGAUGUCUGGCGUUUGACCGACUUAAUCCCCAUUAGGGCAUACCCUUGGUCGGGCAGGACCUGUGCAGGCAUGGUCAGGGGGCAGAGAUGCUUUUGCAGAACAGGGAUGGUCCUGGGCCUGAG